AUGGCCUCUUCACACCUGCCUCCUACCCCAGCCUCGUCGACGGAUAUCCGGGGCAAAGAGAAGCUCGUGCCUCUUGCUCCAGCUUUCACCCUCCCUCCCUCGGCCUAUGCCGAUGGCAGUGAUAGAGCCACCUCGUCACCUCUUUCAAGUCAUGGCUCCGACUCAUCGUACCACCCGCAUUCACCCGUGUCCCUGAACAACAAUGGAAGACGAAAGUCUACCGCUGCUCAGUCAACCUUGGCCAAAGCAGACGACACAUUUGCUCUUCCUCCUCCGCCGACUCGUAAUCGCAAGAUCAUCCAGAUGAAGCCAAAGGCUGCUGCUGGUGAGAAGCAGCCAGACCCUGAGGUCGAGGCAGCCCCAGCAAAGGCUACUGCUGGUAGAAAGAAGGGCGCCAAUGCCAGCAGCACAGCCGCCAGCCGCAAGGUGGCUCGCAAGACAGCACAUAGCUUGAUCGAGAGACGCCGACGCUCAAAGAUGAACGACGAGUUUGGCGUCCUCAAGGAAAUGAUCCCCGCCUGUCAAGGCCAAGAGAUGCACAAGCUGGCUAUCCUUCAGGCAAGCAUCGAGUACCUUCGAUACCUCGAGCGUUGCAUCACCGAUCUCAAAGCCGACAACACAGCUGUGAGACAGGGCUCGAUAUCACAGCCCACCGCUACUGCUGUUCCUACCCCACAACCCGCUACUGUCGUCGAUGAGCCCAUGGAGCCUGAAGAAGACGACGAUCAAGAGAUGUCCGACACAAACCACUCCACCGGUGCCUCCACACCCAACGGCCCACUCCUCUCGCACACACAAUCUCGAGAACCCAUCCCAUCUCUAGCCUCUCUACCAUCAAUGUCCCACUUCGGAUACAAGUCGCCUGCCAUCGCACCUUCUGAGGCUUCAUCCUCGCGACACUACAGCAUCUCUUCUGCGUCUCAGCCUUCCUUCUCUCCUUACAUCCACUCACAACAAGCAUCGCCGUUCUUCCUGCCGACCGCAGGUCUACAUGAGCCUGCUCCAUUCGCACUCACAAGCCCUGCACUGCGCGCUCAAGACUCAACCAUGCAUCAAAGACCAGCAGUCGUGGGUGAGGACGCAAGGGUCCGCGAACGUAGAGAAAAGGACUUGGACCGUGAAGCCAUGGCUGCUCUCCUGAUGCUGAAUUCUGACAGGAGAACAUACAAGGACAGAUCCGGCCGUGCUAUGAGUGUGCAAGAUCUGUUGAGCAACUAA